AUGUGUGUUAAGCGGAACUGUUUUGCCGUCACACCAGUGUGUCCAUGCGAGUCUGACAGCGGCGGAGACGUGACCGCUGCGGUGAAAAUGUGUAUUUCAUGACAGUUGUGAUGCCGAUGCCGACAUAAAGCCACGCAUUUAGACUGAGAUCAGGAGUUUUUGUGUGAUUUUGGACGAGACCAUGGCCCGGGUUGUCAAAGUGUUCCGGACUCUGCGGAACCACUGGAAGAAAUCCACAUUUGCUGUGUGCGUCCUGUCUUACGGGGGGCACUGGCUGUAUGGGAAACACUGUGACCAAGUUAUGCGGACUGAGGCUUGUCUGGAGGCCAGGGAAUAUGGGCGUCAGCAGAUCGCCCCCCAGGAGCAGCUGAGGAAAGCCACUGUCAUACUGAAUCCUGCGGCCUGCGGCGGGAAAGCCAACAACUUGUUUGAGAAGAACGCUGCUCCUAUUUUACACCUGGCUGGAGUGGAGGUUACAAUAGUCAAGACUGACUAUGAAGGCCAGGCUAAGAAGCUGAUGGAGCUUAUGGAGCAUACUGACAUGCUGAUUGUGGCCGGAGGGGACGGCACCCUGCAGGAGGUCGUCACCGGGUUACUGAGGAGGCCAGAUCAAGAGAAAUUCAGUCAAGUCCCGAUUGGAUUCAUUCCCCUUGGCUCUCAAAACUCCCUGAGUCCAAGUCUUCACCUCCUCAGUGACAACAAAGUCAAGCACAUUACAUCGGCGACGCUGUCCAUUUUGAAGGGAGAGACGAUACCUCUGGAUGUGCUCCAGAUCAAAGGGGAGAAAGAGCAGCCAGUCUUUGCUCUGCUGGGACUGCGCUGGGGUGCGUUUAGAGAUGCCGCUGCAACAAUCAGCAAGUAUUGGUACCUUGGACCCCUGAAGACAAAAGCAGCACAUUGGUUUAGCACGCUGCGGGAGUGGCCCCUGGUGCGGGAGGCCUCAGUGUCCUACCUGGCUCCGAGCCUUCGGCCCCCUGACGAGCCGCUCCAGAAGCCCCCGAGGCCCAACCUCCUGUCCCGCAUCGCCCGCAGACUGAAAAACUACUGGAGCCCUCCUGUUGAAGAGCCUCCAAAGGUUGAGGAGCCAGAGAAGUGGAUGGAGCAGCAGCUGUCCACUUUGGAGCUAAUGAUUAAAACACACAACAAAAACCCCGUGGAGAUGCGCAUUAACGAUUCCCUGAUGAUCUGUGCCGAGCCAGACGACUUGACUGUGGGCGAGUUCAUCACUGUUGGAGAUAAGAAAGAAGAGGACCCAACUUUGUUCACUAAAAAAUCAACACAACUGGAAGUCGGUGCUUGCCGACUGCAGCUGCCAGAGGACACGAGCGGCUUCUACAACAUCGACAACGAGGAGUAUGAAGCCAUGCCCGUCGAGGUGAGGCUGUUGCCACGGAAACUCCGCUUCUUCAUCAGUGCCGAGCGCAGAGACCAGCUCCUCGCUCAGACGCAGUGAUGAGCAAACUCAGAACAGAAACCAGACAGGAAUAGACGGCUGGCAUGGAACUGAUUCAGAGAGAAACACGAGAGGAAUGAGUCCUUAUUUGACCGCCGUUUUAAACUCUCCGUAGGUGCUACCGGUCUGUUUUAAAACACGUAAAUGCUCCUAAAAUAUUUAGGUGGAGUUAUAUUUAACCUUUGUGAAGGAGGACUGUAUUACAUGUCAUUGUGAAUAAAAGGACCAAGGGUUUUUCUUCUUUCUUUUUUCUUGCUUUUUGUAAGAUAUUCAGCUGUUCCUCUCUCUGAUUAACUUUGUUUACUGAACGGUUUAAUCAUGCCACCACACUGAAACUCAGUCAAUAAAAAACAACACAUGUCCAAUUCAA